GUGGAUUCCGUGUUCCGGGACCUGCGGCUGCUCCGAUCCCGCCCGGCUCAUCUCGGCGUUUUCCUGCGUUUCCUCUUCUCCCAGGCCGACCCCACCCCCCUGCUUUUCCACCUGUGCUCGGAGCUGUGCUGCCGCCAGGGCGAUCCCGGAGAUUCCCGAGCCUUGGGAAGAGACGUCUGGAGCCUCUUCCUGGACAGGAGCGCCCCCCUGCGGGUGAAGGUUCCGGAGCAGCUCCUGGCCGAGCUCGAAAUUCGCCUCCGGAGCGGCGACGACUUCCGGCCUUUCCUGCUGGAAGCUCAGGAAUUCGUUAUCCCGGAAAUCCAGGAGCAGCUCCAGGAUUACAGGAGGAAGCGCACGCUGGGGCUGGGCGCUCUCUACGGGGAGCAGGAGCUGCGGGAGCUGCGGAAUUCCCGAGGGAAUUCCCGGCGGGAUCCGCGGGAUCCGCGGGAGCGAGCGGCGGCCGAGCGGAGGAAGCGCACGCUGGGGCUGGGCGCUCUCUACGGGGAGCAGGAGCUGCGGGAGCUGCGGAAUUCCCGAGGGAAUUCCCGGCGGGAUCCGCGGGAUCCGCGGGAGCGAGCGGCGGCCGAGCGGCAGCUGGGGCAGCUCUGGGACAUCCUGUGA